CAGGGGGCCCCUUUGUUUGCUCUUCAUGCCUGGUGGCCGUUCCAGUCAGAGCCAGUGCCUUCAUUUCCCAGCCAAGGUCACAGAGGGAGUGACACCCUCAGGGCGAGCCCUGGCCGCUGAAUGGGAAUUUUCCCUCUGCCCCGCGUGCGCCACCUGAUAGGGCAGGAUAGUCUUUCCUAGGCAAUACACAAAAACCCUCCCCGCAGGGAGUGGAAGAGAUUUCUCUCUCUCGAAUAGUGGGGGAAACUCUUUUUGGACCUCCGUUUUCUUCUCCGUGAAAUGAGGGGAAUCGAAUUAAUCCUGAUCAAGAUGACAACCUCCCAAAAGCACCGAGACUUCGUGGCAGAGCCCAUGGGGGAAAAGCCAGUGGGGAGCCUGGCCGGGAUCGGUGAAGUCCUGGGCAAGAAGCUGGAGGAAAGGGGCUUUGACAAGGCUUACGUGGUCCUUGGCCAGUUUCUGGUGCUAAAGAAAGAUGAAGACCUCUUCCGGGAAUGGCUAAAGGACACAUGUGGCGCCAAUGCCAAGCAGUCCCGGGACUGCUUCGGGUGCCUUCGAGAGUGGUGUGACGCCUUCUUGUGAUGCUCUCUGGGGAGCCCCCAACCCCUAACACCAGCCUUGAGUCUCCAGAGUUUGCAGCUGAGUGGGGGCUACUCCCUUGUCCUCUACAAAGGAAGCGAUUGCUGUCUGCUCACCACCAAUGGCCUCCGGGUCUUUGGGGGAGUUCUCUCCCCUCACCAUUUCAACUUUUUUGGAAUUCUCACUCUCGCAUGCAUCUCCCUUCUCUUCCCCCUGCCAGUUUCAGGUCUUCACCUGCUUGAAUCCACUUCAUCAGCUUUUCGGAGUGGAUUUCUGGCCCCUACCCUCACCCCUGGUCUGUUUAAUGACGUUUGGCUUCUCUUUUGGCAAAACAGUCACUGUCCGUAUAAAGUUUUUUAAAUCAAUAAAGUCAGUGGCCUUCCAA